AACGAGGAAAUUGAGGUGAUCAUGCUUGACUUUUACUAGACUUUUACCAUAGGCUUUUGCCAUCUUUAUAUUUGAAAUUUGGCAUGUAAGAACUGCACGAUGUGGUUUUAAAACAUUUGAUUCAAGGCUUGUUUGAGACAAUCCAAGACUAACGAGAAAUGAUAAAGCGAUUUUAUCCAAAUAUUUCAGGAAAUACGAGUUUCUGAUAUCUGAUGUUCACCUGAUCAACUUGGCAGCAUGGUUGUCAGAAAUGAUCCUGGUGAUCUUGAGCUUUCUUGCCCAGUGAAAGCCAUUGAAGACAAAUGGAAGCUUGUUCCUGCUUUUCUCCAAGUCAAAGGCCUUGUCAAACAGCACAUCGAUUCCUUCAACUACUUCAUUAAUACAGAGAUCAAACAAAUUAUGCAAGCCAAUGGCAAAGUUACCACAGAAGCAGACCCUGUUUGGUAUCUCAAGUACUUAAACAUCAAUGUUGGAACACCUGAUGUCGAAGAGUCCUUCAAUGUUUCGCGGGCUGUCAGCCCACACGAGUGUCGGUUACGAGACCUUAGUUACUCUGCACCAAUCACAGUGGAUGUUGAAUAUACAAGAGGCAACCAGAGAGUUGUGAGGAAUAAUUUACCAAUUGGCAGGAUGCCGAUAAUGCUGCGGAGCUCGAAUUGUGUUCUCGCUGGCAAAAGUGAAGCCGAAUUAGCAAAAUUAAACGAAUGUCCAAUGGACCCAGGUGGCUAUUUCAUUGUGAGAGGUUCUGAGAAAGUUAUUUUGAUUCAAGAACAACUGUCAAAGAAUCGUAUGAUUGUUGAGCCAGAUUCGAAAGGUAUUAUAGGCUGUUCAGUAACCAGUUCAACCCACGAAGUGAAAAGUCGUACUGCUGUUAUUCAGAAACAUGGCAAAUUUUUUAUGAAGCACAAUACUUUUUCUGAGGAUGUGAAUGUCGUUGUUAUCUUCAAAGCAAUGGGCAUUGAAUCCGACCAGGAGAUCGUGCAAAUGGUUGGUACCGAAGAGGAUGUAUUAAAUGCAUUCGCCUCAUCCUUAGAAGAAUGCAAUAACUUGCAAGUUUAUACCAAAAAUCAGGCGCUGCAUUACCUAGGAAGCAAAGUGAAACAGAAAGCCAUUUGGGGUAAAACUCGAACAAAAUUUGAAGAUGCUAGAGAGUUGCUCAAAAGAACCAUUUUGGCACACGUCCCUAUUUCGGGGUACAAUUUCAGAGCAAAAGCGGCAUAUCUUGCAAUCAUGGUUCGUAGGAUCAUUUUGGCUACUAAAAAGCUUAUAAAAUUUGAUGAUCGGGAUUAUUAUGGAAACAAGCGACUGGAACUAGCUGGGCAGAUGGUAUCACUCCUGUUCGAAGACUUGUUCAAGAGAUUUAACAAUGAGUUGAAGAGGAUUGCUGAUUUGACAAUUCCUAAACCAAGGGCUGCACAAUUCGACAUUGUAAAACACAUGAGACAAGACCUCAUAACCAAUGGAUUGACUGCAGCAAUCUCUUCGGGAAAUUGGAUAAUUAAAAGAUUUAAUAUGCAUAGAGUUGGUGUUACACAGGUUUUGUCAAGGCUAUCUUAUAUAUCUGCGUUGGGGAUGAUGACAAGAGUUACAAGUCAGUUUGAGAAAACGCGAAAAGUUAGCGGCCCAAGAUCACUGCAGCCUUCCCAGUGGGGCCUGCUUUGUCCAUCCGACACACCCGAAGGAGAAGGCUGUGGACUAGUGAAAAACCUUGCACUAAUGACUCAUGUCUGCACUGAUCAAGACGAAGAGCCAAUCAAACGACUGGUUUUCAAUUUGGGAGUCGAGGAUAUCAACCUGCUAUCCGGAGAAGAGCUUAGCUCGCCUUAUGUUUAUCAAGUAUUCUUAAAUGGAAAUCUUCUUGGAAUAAUUCGCAACCACGCAAGGCUAUUGAGAACAUUCAAGCUCAUGCGUAGAGCUGGCUACAUUAACGAAUUCGUUUCUAUCUACGCAAAUGCAUCGCAAAGAUGUGUCUACAUCGCUUCUGAUGGCGGAAGGAUGUGCAGACCGUACAUAAUCGUGAAAAAUGGUGUCCCCCUUGUCGUCCAGGACCACAUAGAUGAGUUGAUCAGAGGAGUCAGGAGUUUUGCAGAUUUUCUCCAUCAGGGACUGGUCGAGUACUUGGAUGUCAACGAGGAAAACGACGCUGACAUCGCAUUGUACGAAAACCACAUAACAAAGUCAACAACUCAUCUGGAAAUAGAGCCGUUCACCCUUCUUGGUGUGUGUGUUGGUCUGGUGCCAUACCCCCAUCACAAUCAGUCCCCAAGAAACACGUAUCAGUGUGCUAUGGGCAAGCAAGCAAUGGGAUCUAUAGGGUAUAACCAGAGGAACCGAAUCGAUACCUUGAUGUAUUUGCUGGCUUAUCCACAUGCACCUCUUGUCAAAUCAAAGACAUUGGACAUCAUCAACUUCAACAAGCUACCCGCAGGGCAUAAUGCAACAGUGGCGGUUAUGAGUUACAGUGGAUAUGAUAUCGAGGAUGCUUUGAUCUUGAAUAAAGCUUCCAUCGACCGAGGAUUCGGCAGAUGUCUUGUUUACAGAAAUGCCAAAUCAACGCUCAAGCGUUAUGCCAACCAGACUUUCGACAGAGUUAUGGGACCAGCGCGGGACUCUGAGACAGGAGACAUUAUAUUCAAGCACAAAGCCCUCGACUCCGAUGGAAUAGUGUCUCCAGGCGAAUGUGUUGAAAAUCGCCAAGUUUUGGUAAACAAAUCGAUGCCUACAGUAACAAACCAGUACACCAAGGCUUCCAAAGGAACCCCACAGGCUCCACCUGAAUACAGAGAUGUCCCCGUGGGAUACAAAGGCCCUGUACCGUCGUAUGUCGAAAAAGUGCUAAUAACGUCUACCAUGGAAGAGGCAUUCCUGAUAAAAAUCUUGCUACGUCAGACAAGACGACCUGAACUUGGAGACAAAUUUAGCAGCAGACAUGGACAGAAAGGGGUCUGUGGUCUAAUAGUCAAUCAGGAAGACAUGCCAUUUACAGAAAUGGGAAUAUGCCCAGAUAUUAUAAUGAACCCACAUGGUUUUCCGUCUCGAAUGACCGUUGGCAAGUUGAUCGAACUGAUUGCUGGCAAAGCAGGUGUCUUGGAAGGCAAAUUUCACUAUGGCACCGCUUUUGGUGGAAGUAAAGUGAAAGAUGUCUGCGAAACGCUGGUUCGAUAUGGGUUCAAUUACCAAGGAAAAGAUUACGUCACAUCGGGAAUAACCGGUGAACCCUUGAAUGCGUACAUAUUCUUUGGACCAGUUUACUACCAAAAGCUGAAGCAUAUGGUUCUUGAUAAAAUGCACGCUAGAGCAAAAGGCCCAAGAGCUGUUCUAACAAGGCAACCUACAGAAGGAAGAGCUCGGGAUGGUGGCUUACGUCUUGGUGAGAUGGAGAGAGAUUGUCUAAUCGGAUACGGGGCCAGCAUGCUCCUUUUGGAAAGGCUCAUGAUUUCUAGCGAUGCCUUUGAAGUCGAUGUUUGUGAGCACUGUGGGCUCAUGGGAUACUCCGGAUGGUGCCACUAUUGCGAGUCAUCGAGACAUAUUUCGACUUUACAGAUGCCCUAUGCCUGCAAGCUUCUAUUCCAGGAACUACAAUCAAUGAACAUAAUUCCAAGAAUUAAACUGCAAAAAUAUCUCUAGGUUAGAUGAUUCGUUGUGUUACUUAGUUAGAUCAAUACGUAGUUGUCUGAGGGAA